AUGUUCAAGUCAGUCCUUGUCGCCUCCACGCUGGUCGCCACCGUUGCCGCCCACCAGAACUUCCACCAAUUCUGGGUCAAUGGCGUGUCCCCCGGGUAUCAAGUCGCCGUGCGCAUGCCGCCAAGCAACAGCCCGGUCACCGAUGUGACGAGCAACAACAUCGCCUGCAAUGUCGACGGCGAAACCGUUCCCUCCGGUGUCGAAACCUACGCUGCGAACGAAGGCGACAAGAUCAUAGUCAACUGGGACGUUUCCAGCCAUCCAGGCCCCAUCACUCACAUGCUGUUCGGCCCUGUCGAUGACGCCUCUCUAGAGUCUGGCGUCGGUGCGGGUUGGUUCAAGAUCGACGAGCUCGACAACGUAAAUGGUACCUGGGCCAACCAGGUCAUCGCGAAUGCCGGUGGCAACUACACGUUCACUCUCCCUACUGGGUUGGAAUCUGGUGACUACCUGCUGCGAUCUGAGAUGUUGGCACUUCACGCAGCCGAAACCAUCGGUGGUGCGCAGUUCUACAUCGGCUGUGCCCAACUCACAAUCACUGGCACUGGAGGAGGCUGCAACCCCACGAUCUCCCUCCCAGGAGCGUACAAUGCCACGGAUCCCGAUAUCUAUAUCCCUGACGUCUACUACGGAUUCGACGCGGCGACCUACACAGCACCUGGUGGUCCGGUAGCCACCUGUGGCGCAUCCGGCUCUUCGCCAUCGAUGGCGACGAGUGCGGCCAUCGUAACUUCCACCGCGGCUUCCAGCGGUACGAUCCCGACGGCGGUGGCCUCGUCUGGAACCUCUAAGGUGUCCAGCGCCGCAGGAAGCAGUAGUCUGGCGGCAAGUGCGCCGACGACCUUGGCCAAGGUCACGUCCAAGGCAGCGAGUUCAGCUGCGUUGGCCACCUCAUCCAAAGCAGCAUCUUCGGCCGCGUCAGUCACCCCGACAAAGGUGGCUACCACGGUUGCGACCAUCACGACGGGCGGCGCGACCCCAAGCAGCACUGGGGGAUCAGGUGCAGUAGCGCUCUACGGACAGUGUGGUGGCGCCAACUGGACUGGAGCCACGACUUGUGCCGAGGGAACUUGUACAGGCAUGAAUGAAUACUACUCGCAGUGCGUUUCGGCUUAA